AUGCAGCCAAAGGGGUCACAAGCAAUUACUGAGUACCAUAAUCCAGAUCUGCUGGUCGUAAUGUAUCCCACUUUGUUUCCUUGUGGCAUAGGCACCCAUUACUACUUGGAGUUGGCUGACCAGUCAUUCUGUUACCAUCACUCUUACCUGUUUGAGGCAUUGAACAUGGUCCAAUGCCAGGCAGCGCAUUUGCAGACCUUCUUCACAGUUCACAAAUCAAACUUUGAUGAUGUCUCUGCAACAGUGUUGGACAAUCUCGCAUAUCAAUUGGAGCAAGAACACAACUAUUCACAGUUUAGCAGUGAGGAGCAAUUAGCCUUGAAGUUGCUAAGGCAGGUUAACACCAUGUCUGCUCGAAUACCAGGUUUGCAGGCUUCCAAAAUCUAUAUGCAUAAUGAAAUUUGUAGUUACUUCAGUUAUUUUGGUCUGCCUCACUUCACUGUGAUGUUUGGCAACCAGACUGUAGAUUUGUCUGCGUGUUUUCCUCACCUGCUGGCCCAGGACCCUGUUGCAGGAGCAGAUUUUUUUGAGUUUUAA